CCGUCAGUCGUUCCCAGAGUUCCUCAGUAAAAAAGAACAAUCAUGGCGGAGAGUACGGAAAAUUCUGGAUCUUUGAUCACAGUUACUGUCAAAACACCGAAAGAAAAACAUGAUAUAAAACUAUCGCUGGAUUCUUCAGUAAAGGAGUUGAGAGAGAAAGUUUCUAAAGAGUUUGGUGCCCCAGUUGAGCAACUAUGUCUGAUAUUUGCUGGCAAGAUUCUGAAAGAAAAUGAGACACUGACACAUCAUGGCAUCAAGGAUGGACUCACUGUGCAUCUGGUUGUCAAGUCAGCUAACAGGAAUAACGAGUCAUCUUCAUCUCAGCCAGCAGCGAGUACAACAUCACAGCCUCCCCCAAGUCAGCCCAACGUGUCUGCGAGUCCCCUGGGACUCGGAGGGCUUGGAGGACUGGCCGGCCUGGGCAACCUGGGGAUGGGGUCCGCCAACUUCAUGGAGAUGCAGCAGAGGAUGCAGACUGAGCUUUUGAGUAACCCUGACAUGCUCCGCCAGAUGAUGGAGAACCCAUUUGUACAACAGAUGAUGUCCAACCCUGAUGUGAUGAGACAACUCAUUACCAAUAACCCUCAGAUGAGGGAACUGAUGGAGCGUAAUCCCGAGAUAACCCACAUGUUGAACAACCCUGAACUUAUGCGCCAGACGAUGGAGCUGGCGAGAAACCCAGCGAUGCUGCAAGAGUUGAUGCGGACACAGGACAGAGCCAUGAGCAACCUAGAGAGUAUUCCUGGAGGUUUUAACGCCUUACAGAGAAUGUAUCGAGACAUCCAGGAACCCAUGAUGAAUGCAGCACAGGAGGGUUUUGGAAACAAUCCUUUCUCAGGCCUGGUCAACAACGGAGGUGGAGAACAGCAACAAGGGCGUGAAAACACGGCUCCUCUCCCCAACCCAUGGGCUUCAGGCGGAUCCACCACCAGCUCCACGACAGGGACGACAGGAACAACAGGGACAACAACACCAGCAACCACAACAUCUUCAUCAACAGCAGGAGACACUGGAGGAUCAACUGGACCGUUUGGUAUGUUCAACACGCCGGGUAUGCAGAGCCUGAUGUCCCAGAUGUCCCAGAACCCUCAACUGAUGCAGAACAUGAUGCAGGCGCCAUACAUGCAGGCCAUGCUUCAAACAAUGUCCACCAAUCCUGAACUAGCUCAACAGAUUAUUGGAAGCAACCCGAUGUUUCAAGGCAACCCCCAGUUACAAGAACAUUUUAGAAUGUACCUUCCACAACUCCUUAACCAGAUGCAGAACCCUGAGAUGCAGACCAUGAUGACCAACCCACGGGCCAUGUCAGCCAUCAUGCAGAUUCAGCAGGGUCUGCAGCAGCUGCAGAAUGAGUCACCAGGGGCCUUCCCAGGUCUUGUUGGCAUGCCGAACCUAGCGGGUGUCAGCACCCCCACCACAAGUACUGCCACUUCCACCACCUCCCCUACCUCCCCCUCCACGGCAACAACAACAGCGGGGACCACAACAACUCCCGCUUCACCCAUAGGAGCGGGGACGGGGACGGCGCCAGACCCGGGCAACCCAGACCAGUUUAAUAAUAUGAUGGCUCAAAUGAUGCAGAUGAUGGUCGGGGGUCAGAUGAACCAGGCUCCAGAUCUGAGAUACGCAUCCCAGCUAGAACAGUUAACAUCUAUGGGCUUUGUAGAUAGAGAGGCAAACAUACGAGCGUUGACGGCUACCCUUGGUGAUGUGAAUGCAGCCAUUGAUAGGCUUCUACAACAAAGAUGAUGUGGUUCAGAUAAAAGAAAAACUGUGCUUUAAGAGGAUUUCUUUGUUGUGAAAAUAAGGAAAAAAAGAAUAUGCCAUCACAUGGCUUGGAAAAAGUGACAUUCAGUGGACUAUGAUAGGUACUGAUUUUGUGUAUUAGUUGGCAAAUUUACUAUGGAUCAUAAUGAGAACCUUGGUAACCAAACUGCCAAGGAAAAAGGGGAGAUUUUUUUACCUGUGCAGGUUAAUAAAUGAUUUGUGCAUGUAUAUAUUUAUAUACAUCUGGUACAAUUGUACAUUUUUCUUAUUUCACAGUAUCUUAUAUUUGGAUGAAAAAUUAAGAAUGUGCAGAUAAGUGAAACUCUAUUCUGUUGCUUUUGUUUAAGCUCUGUGAGACCAUUUUAACAUUUAAUUUAAUUUCAUACAUUCUAUGAUGAUUUUAAGAAAAGAGAUUGACAACAGACAAACAUGUACUUGAAAACUGUGAUAUUGUGAUGCCCCAAGGGAAGGAUACAAUUAAGCAGUAAAAUUCAAGUAGAAUUGUACUUUGGAGGCAAAGCAGGAUUAAUAAGUUGCAUCAAUCAAAUACAUUACCAGCCAUGAUGACUCAGCCAGUAGAUGACAGAAGGGUUUAUGUACAACAGUUAGUGACCAUUUCAAGAAUAGCGUUGAAAUUUAUCAGCAUUUCAAUGAGCGAUGUUGAAUGUGUAAGUUAUUUGUUAUGUACAUGAAAAUAUGUUGGUUGCAGAUAAACAGAGUUUACACUUGAAACACCAGAUCUGUGCUUACGUCUUUGUUUUCUUCUUUUAAUUUCACUAUAUUCCAGGUUUACUCCUGGAUCGGUUUUUCUUCACGAAUUUCAUAUAAGUUGGCAAUUAUUGUUAGGUUACUGAUUUAUAUAUUUUAAGGUUGAAUCCCUCAGAAUAUAAUUUUCUCCACUUGACUGGCCACAUUCACUUGUUUUCAUACUGUCAUUUAGUUAAUAUUGAAACCUUGUAACAAUCCUUUAACAUGGUGUUCUGGUUAAGACGAUAUGACAUGACAGUCCUGGCCGAAUCCUAGGCUCAUCAUGCCUCAUACUAUAGAAGACUUGAUAUUCUAAUGAUGGUGCCCAAGGCUUAGGUUAAGAAGGCUUCACUGUAUUUUCAAAAUUAUGUUAUUCUCAGUAUUGAAGACAGUAGUUGUGUGUUCAGCAUGUUCAGGGCGUAAAUAUCUUGUUGAGAAUGAUCAUUAAGAAUGGAAGAGAUUUCAUGUGUACAUAGCUGUAUCUUUGAUGCUCAGGCUCAGUAUUUGUAGGUGUUAAAGGGUAUGUUAAUAGGUUGUUAAAGCCAUUAUUAACAUAAACAUUUAUUUGUUUGACAUUUUCCAAUUUGUCAGAUUUUUUAAUCAAAACGUAUUCUCUAUAUAAAAGCUUAAAAUAUUAUGUGUUACUACUGCAGCAGCUACUGUUGUUUUGUCAAAAAGACAGAAUAAAUGUUUUGUGGUACAUGGGAGACUGGAUUCCGUGUUGAUGUUUCAGGAAGUAUUGUUACUCCGCUCUGAGACAAACAUUGCACAAGCCCUUGAGACAUAAAAUGAAAUACGACAGGGUGGACUGGUUCCUGGAUAGUAACCAGUAAAUGUUAUAAUAAUUCAGUUAUGGAUAUUUAUCUUGCAUGAAAUUAUCACAAUUUUGUAAACAGCCAAAUGCAUCACUGCAUCUUGCUGUUUUGCAUGUUCACAGCGCUUCUAUAUUUAUAACAAGGACCCAGUCAUCCAAGGCAGUGGUGAUUUCACCUCUAUUCAACCCUUUUUUCAGGUGGGAUUGAAUAUAGCUUCAUCAUUUGGGGGGAAACUUAGUAUUUAAGUUUUCAGGGGGCACAGGCCCGGUUAUCAAAGGUGAUAUAACUGAAAUACUGUCAUCGCUGCUUUUAAUCAAACUCGCUAAUUUCAAUUAUUCAAAACGGUAUCUGGAAUUGGUUUCCAUUUGAUUGCUGAGGAGUUCCUUGGUUUGUUGAUGUACUGCCAGUUUCAUUUCACAGUUACAUUCUUCAUGGGCUCUGAGGCCGAUAGGCCAGAAAAUAAUAUCCCUGUUUUGUGUUCCAUUGUGGAAAGUGUCUCCCCCAAUCAAGACGUACUGAUUUCUGUGUUGUGAUUAUUCACUUUGUACUCACAAUAAAUUAACAUACACCUUUGUAUCAUUAUCAUCAUCUGUUAAUUUUCAUCCUUGGAAUGAGUUGAAGCAGCUGAGGUAAAACAUAUGAUUGAGAGUCACUGUGAAGGUGACCACUUCUGGAAAAGAAAGGGCAUGUUUUGUGAAGAGACAGAAUGUUUGGUUUGCACAUAUGCCAUGUGAUUACAUAAACUAUUUACAUUAUUAACCCACCACUUGUGAAGUUAAUGCUUAAUGAGUUAUGAUAUUGUUAUCAAUGAUCAUAUCACCAAAUCUGCUUUUACAUUUUGGAGUGACAGUUUUGACAAUUGACGAACCAUAUAGUUAGACUUGCAAAUGAUAUGAAUUGUGAAAAGGGGCCUGUGCUUUGAAAAAUAUAUUCUUUUGAUAUUGGUUGAAACCUUUAUGAUAAAAGAUAAAAGCAAAACUGACCCAUUAACAUGUAUGAUUUUCAAUGUUUCACAUAUUGAAUACCUAAAUGACUUGAGGCAAAAAUCUCGUUUGGGGUGAAUAAGGUUUUUAAAAAUAGGAACCAAGCAAAUGUGUAAGAAAAUUUUACAGUAUUUAUAAUGUCUAUUAUUUUUGAUGAGUCAGCUUUAUAUCCUUUCAUGUCAAUACUUAUGAAAUGCAAUUUCUACCAAUACUGCAAAAAGGAAUAAAGAAAGUACUGGUCAUUUUUUAAUAGAAAUUUUCAGCCUAAAAAAUUGUGCUUGCCCUUUCUCUUCACUUCUGCGCCACUCAGGACAUUCUCAUAUGUGCAACAAGAAAGAAUUCUAAUGAUUGUUUUGGGGGCAUUUUGUUAAAAUUAGUACUUAUUUUUUUAUUAUAUUAUUGAUUUUUAAAUUUAUUAUUUUGCACAAAUAAAUACAUUAUCCUGAUUUUUGCAGCAGAGUGAGGUUAAGAUUGUAGUUUACUUAGAUGACUGGAAUUUCCUUUGUCUCUAGGUCACUACAGGAUCUAGUCCGGGCACUUGUACUCUUUACAGAAAUUAGUUCUGUAUUUAGGAAAAUAUAUGUCCACUUUGAUGGAUGUUUGCUUAUGAAUUUAUAUCAAUACUCAGGAAAGUGGAUUUGGCAAGACUGGUAUUGUUUGCAGGUGCUAAUAUACAGUUAUGAAACUGGUAUGGUCAUCUGUCACCUAUAAAUGAGUGUUCAUUGUUGGACAUCAACCAAUGUAUAUUACUCAAAACAAGUUAUAGUACACCCACAAUUGGCAGGCUGUGUUGCAAUACCCGCAGCCAUGACAGAUUAACUAUAGCUAUAUGAAAGAAAUCAGGUGUUCUUUAACUUCCUUUGAGUAGUAUAUAACACCAAUGGUUGUAUUGGAAGGUCAAGUUGUACUAGAUUCCCCAGAAGGCCAAAAUCAUUGAUUGUGUCGUGGCUUAUGACCCCAACAAACCUGUUGUGAUGGAUGUGUCUUUCUAGGCCUACUUUUCACUUCUCCUAUGUAUUGUGUGAGAGGUACAAGAACCUUCCCACAUGCAUUACCCAAUACACUUAAUAUCGUCUCCCCCAUGGUAUUACCAAGUAUUACCAUGCAUCAGUGUUUAUAUAAGGUAUUCUCAACUAAGCAGAUAGGAGCAUUCAUCUGUCAUUAUUUCCCUCAGACAAAUACCGGUAUAUAUGUUGUCAGUCUGUACUGCAGUCGAUUUCAUCAAGAGUUUUCUUGCUGUUUUGGAAAUAAAUGGCUUGAAUAAUCA